GCAUCAGGACAAAUUACCGUCAUAGGAUUGGCCGUCGGAAGGUGCUCCGAAGAACAGGCAAUCAGCUUCGUUGGUCGACCACGGACGUAAACACUUCAGUGUUCUUGGCUUCUGCAGGCGUUAGGAAUCAGAGGAGUCCGGAGGGUUAAUCAUGUCUUAAAAAAAAGGAGAGAACAACGGAAGCAGCACCCAAUGACCCAAGCUCGUUGUUGGCCCAGAAGGUCCCUUCUCCCAGCGUGUUCCUUCCCGCGCCUUCCCCCCUCCCGCCUCUCCGGGAGCUCUCAUCUCCGGCGACCGACUGCCGCGCCAUCUUCCCUCAGAUCAACGAACAACUCAUCGCCCCUUGCUACCAUACCGACGGCCACCCCGUCCUCUUCGCUCUUCCUUUCGGGAGGCCUCGGCAGAUCUACGGAGGCGGCGACGCUCUUCCUCGGGGGGCCAGUACCCUACCGCCGGUCUUGCUUUUCCUUGGCGGCCCACUCUAGCGCCGGUUUACCCUGGAAUCUUGAUCAGGAUGCUGCAGCUAUCUCUGUAAGUAAGGAACGGUCAGUAUUCUGGCAGUCAGUACCCGACCUUUCAAUGGCACGGCCAUCUGCUGGAAAAACGCAAUCAGUCUAUCUGUACAUUCCUAAUAUCAUCGGAUAUUUCAGGAUCAUCAUAAACUUCAUUGCAUUUGGUGUGUGCUAUUCCAACAGACCACUCUUCGCUGUACUGUACUUCUUCAGCUUUUUGUGUGAUGGCUUGGAUGGGUGGUUUGCACGGAAAUUCAAUCAAGCAUCAACAUUUGGAGCUGUGUUGGACAUGGUAACCGAUAGGGUUAGUACGGCUUGCUUAUUGGCGCUUCUCUCCCAGUUUUACAGGCCUGGCUUAGUUUUCUUGAUGUUGCUUGGGUUAGACAUUACAAGUCACUGGUUUCAAAUGUACAGUUCUUUCUUAUCAGGUAAGAGUAGCCACAAGGAUGUAGAAGACAAAGGCAAUUGGCUUCUGAAAUUAUAUUACAGAUAUCGGCCGUUCAUGGCUUUCUGCUGUGUUGCUUCUGAGGUUCUGUACAUUGUCCUUUUUCUCUUUGCUGAUGAGAAGUUCAAAAGCUUGCUUUAUGUAUGCAGAGGUAUUAUGAAGCAAAGUCCCCUCAUUAUCUUGGUGUUCGUUGCAAGUCUAGUUGGUUGGGCACUGAAACAAGUGAUCAAUGUCAUUCAGAUGAAAACAGCUGCUGAUGCUUGCGUUAUGUUUGAUCCGAAGUGAGGCAAGUGAGCAGAAAGGACCGAGGUUCCGUUCUUGUUUUUCCAGGCAUAUCCAAGAAAAUCAUACUGUCAGGCAUAGGGCACAUAUAACCUGUUCAUGUAUCUUCAACAUGUCUAAGAUCCAAGGGUCUGACGUAUUGUGGAAAAGCAGCAUGAAAAUUAAAAGGGAGAAAUUAUUUGAGGAAAUAUGUAAUCUGUAUGUCUUUUCUACAUUGAUGACGAUUCUAUGUCAGCGUGCUGUUUACUUACCAGCCAGCAAAUACAGGAAGUUUGUGCUGGCCCGGUCAAGCCGGAUGGUGGCUACCACUCUACAUGGUCAAUAGUUACGUGGUUGUCUUUUUUCUACGAAUAUUAUUUCUCUACAAGUUUCAUA